CCGGCUGCCGCGCCCGCCUUUCCGCCUCGCCCGCCGCGCCUGCCUUGGGGGUGCUGCGGCGGCUCAGGGGCUUGGGCGCGCCGCCCGGGGCAGCCCAGGGACGUCUGGGCUCCGGCCUCUCCACUCGCCUCAGCCGGGGUCUCCUCUCUCGUCCCCAAAGUUUCUGGGUUCGUUGGAAUUUUCAGAUUCAGGAUUUUUUCCUUCUUUUUUCUUUUUUUCACCUAGGAAUUUUGGGGCCAUACUGCAAUACUUUUGAGAAAUCUACCGCACUUGCUCUCCGCUAGCUCUCUGCCCCCUUCUUUUUUUUUCCGAGCAGGGGAAGGGGCUUACGAGAGAGGCUCCCUCCCGCUGGACAAAGUUUUCCAAAGUUUUCCAAGUGUGAUGGUAGCGGGGAGAGCAAACCCACCAGCUUGACUCACGGCUUCAUCUCACCUCCCCUAGAGCAGCCCGUAAGCCCGCUAUAAAGGAACAAUCAAACAAACAAACAAACAAAGUUGCACCCCAGUCGCCUCGUGUCUCCUCUCUUCUUUUAGGCAAUUUUUUCCUCCUUCUCUCCGCUCCCCUCGCAGCCUCCACUCCCCUUCCCUCGGCCCCUUCCUCCUUCUCUGUUUCGGCUGGAGGUGCCAGGACCCCCGGCCGCAGCCUGCCCUCCCCCGCUGCUCCGGUCCCCUCCCGUCGGGCCCUCCCCUCCCCCUCUGCGGCCGGCACAGCCAAUCCCCCGAGCGGCCGCCAACAUGCUCUUUGAGGGCUUGGAGCUGGUGUCGGCGCUGGCCACCCUCGCCGCGUGCCUGGUGUCCGUGACGCUGCUGCUGGCCGUGUCGCAGCAGCUGUGGCAGCUGCGCUGGGCCGCCACUCGCGACAAGACCUGCAAGCUGCCCAUCCCCAAGGGAUCCAUGGGCUUCCCGCUCAUCGGAGAGACCGGCCACUGGCUGCUGCAGGGUUCUGGCUUCCAGUCGUCGCGGAGGGAGAAGUAUGGCAACGUGUUCAAGACGCACUUGCUGGGGCGGCCGCUGAUACGCGUGACCGGCGCGGAGAACGUGCGCAAGAUCCUCAUGGGCGAGCACCACCUCGUAAGCACCGAGUGGCCUCGCAGCACGCGCAUGUUGCUGGGCCCCAACACGGUGUCCAAUUCCAUUGGCGACAUCCACCGCAACAAGCGCAAGGUCUUUUCCAAGAUCUUCAGCCACGAGGCCCUGGAAAGCUACCUGCCCAAGAUCCAGCUGGUGAUCCAGGACACACUGCGCGCUUGGAGCAGCCACCCCGAGGCCAUCAAUGUGUACCAGGAGGCACAGAAGCUGACCUUCCGCAUGGCCAUCCGGGUGCUGCUGGGCUUCAGCAUCCCUGAGGAGGACCUGGGGCACCUCUUUGAGGUCUACCAGCAGUUUGUGGAGAACGUCUUCUCCCUGCCUGUCGACCUGCCCUUCAGCGGCUACCGGCGGGGCAUUCAGGCCCGGCAGAUCCUGCAGAAGGGGCUGGAGAAGGCGAUCCGGGAAAAGCUGCAGUGCACACAGGGCAAGGACUACUCGGACGCCCUGGACCUCCUCAUCGAGAGCAGCAAGGAGCACGGGAAGGAGAUGACCAUGCAGGAGCUGAAGGAUGGGACCCUGGAGCUGAUCUUUGCGGCCUAUGCAACCACAGCCAGCGCCAGCACCUCGCUCAUCAUGCAGCUGCUGAAGCACCCCGCUGUACUGGAGAAGCUGCGGGAGGAGCUGCGGGCUCAUGGCAUCCUGCAUAGCGGUGGCUGCCCCUGCGAGGGCACCCUGCGCCUGGACACGCUCAGUGGGCUGCGCUACCUGGACUGCGUCAUCAAGGAGGUCAUGCGCCUGUUCACGCCCAUUUCUGGCGGCUACCGCACUGUGCUGCAGACCUUCGAGCUCGAUGGUUUCCAGAUCCCCAAAGGCUGGAGUGUCAUGUACAGCAUCCGGGACACCCACGACACAGCGCCCGUGUUCAAAGACGUGAACGUGUUCGACCCCGACCGCUUCAGCCAGGCACGGAGUGAGGACAAGGACGGCCGCUUCCAUUACCUCCCGUUCGGCGGUGGUGUCCGGACCUGCCUGGGCAAGCACCUGGCCAAGCUGUUCCUGAAGGUGCUGGCGGUGGAGCUGGCCAGCACCAGCCGCUUUGAGCUGGCCACGCGGACCUUCCCCCGCAUCACCCUGGUCCCCGUCCUGCACCCUGUGGAUGGCCUCAGCGUCAAGUUCUUUGGCCUGGACUCCAACCAGAACAAGAUCCUGCCGGAGACAGAGGCCAUGCUGAGCGCCACCGUCUAACCCAAGCCCACCCGCCUCAGCCCAGCCCAGGCAGUGGGGAGGCGGUGAUGGGAGGUAGAAACCUGUGUGUGGGAGGGGCUGGAAUGGGGAGGGCGAGUGGCCCCCAUGCUUGCCCUUCCCUGGUCCCCCUCCCUGGCAAACCCUACCCAAAGCCAUUGGGCUCCAUCCUUCCUAGGGCCAGGCUCCCCUUCUGGGUCCCACUUCCCUCCAGCUCAGCCCCUGGGAAGGGCGUGGCGGGGGCUCUGCAUGCCCGUGACAGUGUUAGGUGUCAGCUCGUGCUACAGUGUUCUUGUGAUGUUCUGAACUGCCCCGUCCCUCCAUUCCCUUUGGACCCUUUUAACUGCAGCUGGGGGACGGGAAGAGCGGUGCCCCCUCUAGCACACUCUUCAGUGUCUCCUCUUCCUGUGCCCCCACUGCGUCUGCCCAGGAACAGCAUCCUGGGUAGCAGGAGUCAGCCUUGGGGCGGGGGCUGCCACUAACCUGGAGACUGUCUUUCCUCAUGCCCCCGUUCCUGCCCUCCCCCGCUGGUUUGGACAUUUGAAAUUAUUGCUGCUACUUGUUCUGUCCUCUGACCUUGGGGCAAAGGAUCCCCGGGUCCUGUCUCCCCAGCAUCCUCCCUGGUGGCCCUGGGUAGGUGCACUGACACCCCCACCUUCCCACCCCCUGCUGACCCAGGCCCUCCUACACACUCGGGCCUGUGGCCCUCGGCUGGCUCACGUGCUGCCCGCCCCCAUAUUUAUUCACUGCUAGAGAAUCUUGGGGAUGCUGGGGUCCGGAGCAAACAUCUCCUCUCCGGCAUGCCCCAGCCUGUGUUCCAGCUGUCCCGGCCAGACUUCUGUGAGUGAAGAGGAAGGGGUCUCUGGUCAAACCCAGCCCCCAGGCCUAGGGUUGAACAGCCUUCCCUGGCUCUGGGCAUUAUUAUUUGGGUUUGAUCUCGGAACCUCACUCCUGGGCUGAAGUCUGGAGCCUCUGCCUUGUCCCUGGUGGAGAAGGGACAUGGCCCAUUGCUUCCUCCCUGUCCUGUCAAAAACUCUGAUCAGGUAGAUUUGGAGGUGGCCAAGAUAUCGUGCUCGGCCCCUGUUCGCCCCAGUGCCCCUGACUCCAGUGCGUGAGUACCGGGAAAGAUACGGGUUCUUCUGAUGGGGCGCCGGGGCCUCCGUCUUCCUUUCCUUAACCCUCCCCCUUUGCCCUCAACCCUGAAAAAGGUGUCCUGGAAGUCCCUUCCACCUCUAUGCCACUGUCUGCUUAGCCCAGCUCAGGGGUGGGGAAGAGGCGAAAGCGUGGGGGAGGUGAGCACAGCGGCAGUCCUGCCUGGGAGCUGACUCCGGGCUGGCGGUGUGGUCUCUGGGCAGCUGCGGGGAGGCUGCCGCCAGAGCUGAAGAGGCGGCUACGUGCGGUUUGUCAGAGGGAUUGGGUUGGAAACUGGCCAGUUGGGAUGACUGGGUGAAAGAGGAGUAGCUCCUGCCACUGGCGUUUUGAGUGUUGGCGAUUUGGGAUGCCUCCUGGGAAUGGUCUGGGGCCUUCGGUGAGUCUCUAAGCAGUUGUGUCUGCUUUCAGAUUUUUCCUUGCUUUCUGUGUUUCUCUAUUGGUUUUUGAUGCUGUCGAAAUCACAGAAGCAUGAAGGACGUCUCAGUCCCCAGUCGCUGCCGUGAGCACCUCAGUGGCUCCCUGAGACCAGAUCCCGUGGGCCGCCCCACAGACCAACCCUGACCCCACUCACGGCCGCCCUGACCGUAGACUUCAGGAACAGCCCGUACCACGCAGGCCCUCUACAAUCUCCGACUCAGAUAUUUCAUUUCUUUCCUGCUUUUCCACUACUAAAAAAAAGUGUGGAACAGACAUUAUUGGCAAAAAUAGUUCAACGCUUUUAAAAACGUUGGUAAAAAUCCCUUAAUCACCCCAAUUCUGAAAAACGGGCCAGAAUGGGUAAAGACUUGUGGAAGCUUGCUAUAUAGCUACAUAGUGCACCAGAACCUAUACCCCCGACCCCCCCCCCACAAAACCAGUAUCUGGAAGGUCCGUUUGCCUUUGGGCUGAUCCAGCUGGCCCUGAACCAUUUGCUUUUGCCUAUCUAGGAGAGCAGUAAGCAGAACUUCAGACAAGAAGCCCACUGGGUCUGGUCCAGGGGAGGGUCAGGGGGCAUGGGGCUGGAAGGUCUCAGGGACCUUCCCUUGGGGUGGCCAGCCUGGUAGGGGGCAGAGAAGGAAAAGCUGAGGGGGGGGGUCCCUGUGAGGGAGGAGAGAAGGAUCGUUUGCCCCGCUGGGUCUCAAAGGCAAUGAGAAGAGAGCCGAAGAAAGCUCUGGCUGGCUGACGGAUUCCCUGUGUUGUAAUUCGCCCCUCCUUUCAGCUCUUUAGUGAGCUACUGUGUCUGUGUGUGUGUGCGUGUGUGUUUCAUAGAUCUAGCAUUAGAUGGGUGAUAUUUCUCACUUAUCAUCCCUAACUAUUGUAACUUGACCUAAAAAAGAUGAAACCCACACAACUCAUCCUGCCACGGGCUUGCAGAUCGAAGCACUUUCAAUGUUGGGCGUGGGCGUUUGUGUUCCGGGCACCACCACGACCCUGCCCAGAUGGCUAUAGUAUUUUAUACACAAACUUUGUUUUUCAUAAAUGUUAUAAUUUUGCGUCUGUCUUUAUAAACUAUUAUAAGUACUAUUUUUGUUAUAAUUCAAAAUAGAUAUUUAGUAUAAAGUUUUUGCUGUUAAAUAUUUGUUAUUUAGUAAAAUAUGAAUUUUGCUCUAUUGUAAACAUGGUUCAAAAUAUUAAUAUGUUUUUAUCACAGUUGUUUUAAUAUUGAAAAAGCACUUGUGUGUUUUGUUUUGAUAUGAAACUGGUACCGUGUGAGUGUUUUUGCUGUCGUGGUUUUAAUCUGUAUAUAAUAUUCCAUGUUGCAUAUUAAAAAAAUGAAUGUUGUGCAUUUUGUGAUUUUGGAAAUACUCAGUGUGGCUCUUUCAUAGGCUUCCAUAAUAAACCAUGGGGAC